CUUAAACCACCGGAGAAAAAGCUCAGAGCUAGAGAUAGAGAGAGAAACAGAGUGUGGGGUUUUCAAAUAUAUUUGGCAAGGCGAGAGCGAAAGCAAGAGACCUUUCUCAAUUUUCUGCAGCGAUCUUCUUCUUCCUCCCUUCCUUCCUCCCUUCCUUCCUCCUCGCCAUCUCCCCAUGUUCAGACCCUCUUGAAUCCAAGAGAAAAACGAAGCCGACCACCCGCCACGACAGACACAGCGACGCGAAAACGAUGGUCCUCGGCUGGAGACGAGCGUUCUGCACCUCCAUCCCCAAAGACGACGACGCCGCCGCCGCCGCCGCCGGAGCUGGAGCCGGAGCCGGGGCUGGCUCCGGCGCCAGGACGUUCUCCUGCAAGCUCCCCCGGCUCAGCAGCAACAAUGGCGGCGACGGCAGCAGCACCGGGAAUAGCCCCAGGAUCUCCUCCAAAUUCGGGUUCUUCUCCAAUCCCUCCACCCCGCGGUCGCAGUCGCGGCAGCGGCAGCGGCCGGAGCCGGCGCCGGCGCCGAGCCCCAACCUCCGCUGCCGCACCGCCGCGGUGGCCACGCCGGCCUCGUCCGCGGCGAGCAGCCCGAGGCUCCAGUGCAAGACGGCGGCGCCGAAGAGGAGCGGCGGCGGAGGCGGCGAGCGCCACCAGAGCCUGUUCAAUAACCUGUCCAAUCCUUCGUCCCCGAGAUCGCCGUCCGGCUUCUCUCUCCUCAAGGCGAGCCUCCGUCUAUCCAGAACGAGAUGCGGAAUCUGCUUGCAGAGCGUGAAAACAGGGCAAGGGACCGCCAUUUUCACGGCGGAGUGUGCUCACACCUUCCACUUCCCUUGCGUCGCGGCUCACGUCAAGAAGCACCGGGUCCUCGCCUGCCCGGUCUGCAGCGCCUGCUGGAAGGAGAUUCCCUUGCUCGACGCGCACAAGAUCGGCGGGGACGACGACGCCGGGUCGAAGAUCGCGAGUGCCAAGCCCAAGCCGCUGCGAGCCUACGACGACGACGAGUCGCUGCUGUCUCCGAGCUCCGUCUCCCGAUUCAAUCCGAUUCCCGAAUCGGACGAGAGCAACGAGGAUGAUCAGCAACGGGAGGAGGAUGUGGAGUUCCAAGGUUUCUGCGUCGGCUCAUCGGCGUCGCCGUUGAGCAGAAUGAGAUUGUCGGACGAGGAGAACAACGGGAGGAACGUGGAGGUGAGCUUGCUGCCUGAAGCGGCGGUCAUUUCCGCGAACAAGAGCUACGGGACGUGCGCGGUGGUUCUGAAGGUGAAAGCGCCGCCGGCGGCGACGAGGGCGGCGUCCGCCAGAGCUCCGAUCGAUCUGGUGACGGUCCUGGAUGUGAGCGCGAGCAUGAGCGGCGAGAAGCUCCUCAUGAUGAAGCGCGCGAUGCGGCUGGUGAUCUCCUCGCUCGGCGAGACCGACCGCCUGUCCAUCGUCGCCUUCUCCACCACCUCCAAGCGGCUCCUGCCGUUGAAGAGGAUGACGAUGACCGGCCGCCGGUCCGCGCGGCGGAUCGUCGACGCGAUCGGCUGCACCGGCCAGGCCGGGCUCGUGAACGACGCGCUGAGGAAGGCGGCGAAGGUCCUCGAGGACCGGCGCGAGCGGAACCCCGCCGCGACGAUCGUGCUCCUAUCCGACGGCCAAGACCAGCGCGUGCACGCCAACGCCGCGAAGCAGAGGCGGAACUCCUCCAUCGUGUCGUCCACGCGCUUCGGCGACAUCCCCGUGCACGCCGUCGGCUUCUGCGACCCCUGCGGCGGCGCGUCGGGCCACGCGGCGGCGCAGGACGAGUCCUUCGCCCGGUGCCUGAGCGGACUGACGUGCGUCGUCGUGCAGGACUUGAAGCUCCAGCUCGGGUUCAUCUCCGGGUCCGACCGGGUCGAGAUAACGGCGGUCUACUCCCUGAUGGGCCGGCCCACGUCGCUCGGGUCGGGCCUGAUCCGGGUCGGCGACCUCUUCGCCGAGGAGGAGAGGGAACUGCUCGUGGAGCUGAGGCUCAGCGGGUCCCACCACGUGAUGUCGGUGGGCUCGUCGUACCGGGACCCGCUCACGCGCGAGCUCGUGUACUCGCGGGAGCAGCCGAUCCCCGUCCCCCGCCCUCACGCCGUCCGAUCGUCGUCCCCGCACGGCAUCCAACGCCUCAAGAACCUCCACGUCACCGCGCGGGCUAUCGCCGAGUCCCGCCGGCUGGCCGACCGCGGCGAUGCGUCGGGGGCCUACCACCUACUCUCGUCCGCCCGGGCGCUGCUGGUGCAGUCCUGCCUAACAUCCGCCGACGAGUUCCUACGCUGCCUGGAGGCCGAGCUGGCGGAGCUCCAGCGGCUCAGGCAGCAGUCCCAGAGGGCCAGAGCAGCAGCCGACGAGAGGCGAGAGCCCGCCGCCGCCGCCGCCCGUGGUGGGGCGGACGAGAAGCCGGAGCCGCUGACGCCGACGUCGGCGUGGAGGGCGGCGGAGAGGCUGGCCAAGGUGGCCAUCAUGAGGAAGUCGAUGAACCGGGUUAGCGACUUGCACGGCUUCGAAAACGCCAGAUUUUAGCCCCCACUUUUUCCUUUCUUUUUCCCAUUUUCACUUGUCUUUUUUCUUCCCCGAGGAAAUAUAAAUAUAUAUAAAUAUCUCACCUUGCAAGGCAGUAUUUAGCGAGUAAGAAUAUAGUAAGCAAUUCGAAGGAACAUUGUAUAUUGUAAGGAGGUUCUUCUGCAAUAAUUUUUUUCAAAGAA